AAGCAAUUUAUUAAUGAAAUUUUAAUAAGAUAUUAAUGGAAAAGGUUUGGCAAAAAGAAAACGAGGUGUGGCUCUAAAGAAAGUAUAAUAAUUAGGCGUAUGGAAAUAUAUUAAUGCAACAACAAAACAACGAAUUCUUUAAAAGCUGCGGUAAAAAUGUGUUAAAUCUAUGAAAUUAUUUGGUUAAGUAAGUAGUAACGGGGAGCUACCAGCUUCACGGAGAAUACAUAGAAUAUGGAGUCUUUAAAAUUCUGUGGAAUUCUGAUGACCUUGUUGAUGUUAUUAUAUGGAUUUUGUAUUACAAAUGUAAAUGCAUCCGAAGAUGAAGAGCGCUUGGUACGUGACCUCUUUCGAGGCUAUAACAAAUUGAUACGACCCGUACAGAAUAUGACACAAAAAGUUGGAGUAAGAUUUGGUUUGGCGUUCGUACAGCUAAUCAAUGUCAAUGAGAAAAAUCAAAUUAUGAAAUCAAACGUAUGGUUACGUUUGGUUUGGUUCGAUUAUCAAUUGCAAUGGGAUGAAGCCGAUUAUGGCGGUAUUGGUGUAUUACGCUUGCCACCAGAUAAGGUUUGGAAGCCGGACAUUGUGCUAUUCAAUAAUGCUGACGGUAAUUACGAGGUGCGCUACAAAUCUAAUGUAUUAAUUUAUCCUACGGGUGAAGUGUUAUGGGUGCCACCGGCGAUCUAUCAAAGUUCGUGUACCAUCGAUGUCACCUAUUUUCCAUUUGAUCAGCAAACUUGUAUAAUGAAAUUUGGUUCUUGGACUUUUAACGGAGAUCAAGUAUCGCUAGCGUUAUAUAAUAAUAAGAAUUUUGUGGAUUUGUCGGAUUAUUGGAAAUCGGGUACUUGGGAUAUAAUUGAAGUGCCUGCCUAUCUAAAUGUUUACGAAGGUGAUGGUAAUCAUCCUACGGAAACAGAUAUAACAUUUUAUAUUAUAAUACGACGUAAGACAUUGUUCUAUACUGUGAACUUGAUAUUGCCAACAGUAUUGAUAUCAUUUCUAUGCGUAUUGGUUUUUUAUUUGCCAGCAGAAGCGGGCGAGAAAGUUACCUUGGGCAUUAGUAUUCUACUAUCACUGGUCGUGUUCUUGUUGCUGGUGUCGAAAAUUCUACCACCCACCUCUUUGGUUUUGCCACUAAUAGCUAAGUAUCUAUUGUUUACAUUUAUCAUGAAUACGGUCUCAAUUUUGGUUACUGUGGUCAUCAUUAAUUGGAAUUUUCGGGGACCGCGUACCCAUCGUAUGCCUAUGUGGAUACGUACAGUUUUUCUUCAUUAUUUACCUGCCCUUUUGCUAAUGAAACGGCCACGCAAAACUCGUCUGCGUUGGAUGAUGGAAAUGCCAGGCAUUAGCAUGCCAGCUCAUCCGCAUCCAUCGUAUGGAUCACCGGCCGAAUUACCUAAACAUAUUAGUGCCAUUGGUGGUAAGCAGUCCAAAAUGGAGGUUAUGGAAUUAUCCGAUUUACAUCAUCCAAAUUGUAAAAUAAAUCGUAAAGUUAAUAGUGGCGCCGAUCUAGGACUUGGCGAUCAGUGUAGAAGGGAAAGUGAAUCGUCUGAUUCCAUACUAUUAUCACCGGAGGCCAGUAAAGCUACCGAGGCGGUAGAAUUCAUUGCUGAACACUUACGUAAUGAAGAUCUUUAUAUACAAACACGCGAAGAUUGGAAGUACGUAGCUAUGGUUAUAGAUCGAUUGCAAUUGUAUAUUUUCUUUAUUGUUACCACUGCCGGUACAGUGGGCAUAUUAAUGGAUGCCCCGCACAUUUUCGAAUACGUGGAUCAAGAUCGCAUUAUAGAAAUCUAUCGUGGCAAAUAA